ACUACCAUGACUAAUCUAUUGAGUUCGCGCGCUAUUGAUGUUCGCGCCACGAAUAUGUUUUGAAAAAGUAGCACGAUUGCGAGCUAGUCAUCUAACAGCAACUCGACUCGCGCCGCCAGAGAUAAGGGCGGGCUGACUGGUCUACGCACGGUCGGUUGAUACGUAGUCACUGGCUGGAGUUGGUUAUGGAAGUGACAACUUUCUUCAUUUUUAUCUAACAUUAACUGUUCAUAGCAUUGAUUUGUGAAGAAUCGCACUCAGCACUACAACGGGGAAGUCUGCAGCUUGCAUGCUGGUGUCGGUACCUAUCACCUCUAUAGAACAAUGAUCGGGAUGGCCAAGUCUACUCCCAAGACAACCAGCAAAGUCUCUUCGAGCAAAACCAAGGACCUGUCACCAUCCAAAGUUUUGGCCAUUGUUGCUAAUUGGAAUAAUACAGAAUCACCAGAAAAGUCCCCUUUAAAACGGUCUGGACGGAAACGUCCCCGAGAUGAACAGCUCUCAGCGUCUGUUCCUCGCAGCCGGCGUCAACGGAAGAAUUUCCGUAAAGACUACCUAUCCCAGUCUUCGGAAGAUGAUGAACUACCAAGCUUCAAGGCAAAGUCGUUUUACCAUGGUAACAAUCCCACAAAGUAUCUCUCCCCUUUUGAACGCAAGGAAGAAAGAGAUCGGCUCAUCGAUGCAGGAGUCGACCCAGCGGUCCUUAAUAAGUCCUUUGAGGAGCUACAGUCAAAGAACAUCAGGAAGCCUUCUCUUUCUGAGAAAAAGUUUCAAGCCGGAAAAAACAGUUUAGAGAAGGAUGUUGUUAAAAGUUCAAAGACUAUCUUGUCCACAUCGAAGAAACCCACAGCUGUGGAGGAAGUACAAGCAUUGAAGCUAGUGCAGCCCAAGAGACAGGACUCAAGUAAGCAAGGAGCUAAAACGGAAUCCAAAGUGCAAUCAUCCACAGGACACAUGUCAAGGGUCAUUGGUGAAAUUAAGGUCACAUUGAGUGAAAGAUCAUUUGAAGAAAAUGAAGAGAACAAAGUUUCAGUGACCAAAGCUCUUCAUUCAGAGCCACUCACCAAGAGGAGAUCCUCACCAAGGAAAUUGGUCCAGGGUCAAAGGUCACCAAAGGUCAAAGGGGCAUCAGGAGGUCAAGUGGCAAGGAGAACAUCACCAAGGAAACUAGCAUCUAAGGGCAACGCAGCUAAAGGCAUCCAAAUGUACAUGAGGAAUCUAAAGCAAGGACAGAAGAAAGGCAAGAAGGCGUCAACUGUAACAAAGUCCAAAGAGCCGUCAAUGAAAACCAAACAGACUGCACCGCCUACCAAAUCAUCAGCCACCAAGCCCCAUCAAAAUCAAAAGGUGACGACCAUCAAGGAGAAGCUUGACUCGUGUGCUAAUGAGAAAACAGCUCGUGGGUUGGACUUUGGGACUGGCGUGGUCAACAGGCAGGAUGUAGCUCCAUUGCGUAAAGACCCUGAUGAGCGAAAGGAAGCUGAUGCAUGCAGCAAGAAGAGCCACCUUGAGGAUAACCUAAUGGACUUCUUAGUGUUUAACGAUGAGGAUUUUAAAGACGACAACAGGGACACAGAGGACUUUGUUCAAAACCUUCUAAUGGAGAUUGACAAUGACCUUGAAGAAGCUGAGAACAUCUUGAAGAGGUCGCCCCGGAAACGCAAGAUGAAGACGGAUAAAGAGUGUGUGGUUUCUUCCCCAUCCCCUGGAAAAUCUCCAAGAAGACAAACUCCAAACAGACGGAGAAUGAGCUCAACACCGAUCUCCUCUAAGAAAUCCUCGCAGCCUCGUCUUGAUGGUUGGCUGAGCAAGAUAGAUGCCCCGCCCACAAGCACUCGUAGCCCGAGGAAGAAAUCUGUGCUGCAGAGGUCAGAUGUCAAAGUUCAAAAUAUGGACAUCCUGACUCCUGAUUCUACCAAUGUGUCUCCUCCAAAAGUAUCGCCUAACAAGCCCACCAAACUCUACCCGGUCUUCACCCCUCCUACCAGCCCUCGCUUAAACACGACACCCAUAUCAAGAAAGAAGCAGAGCAACGUAGGAAAGUUGAAAUCGCCAAAGGUACAUGUACAAGAAAGAUCGCCGUUGACUAAAUCGCUGAAAAGCAAGACGGAUAACCUGGAACAAACCACUCUGGAUCUUGGUCAGAAGCGUUACGGUGCAGUGACCUGUGCGACCUGUGGGACUGUUUACACAGCUGCACACCCUGAAGAUGAAACGGAUCAUGCCAGGUUUCACAAAAAAUACCUCAGCAGUAUCAAGUUCCCAGGUUGGAAACAAGAAGAAGUAUUGGAAUCCUUUCAUGACGGCCGAAUCCUCGUCGUUACCCAUGAAUCUCCAUACUAUGCUGAGAAGAAGGUAGAUGAGAUACGGGAGUUGGUCGACAGGGAGCUAGGAUUUUUGCAAGCUAAUAAUACCGUCAGCAAGGAUUUGUGUAAGACCUAUCUGUUUAUUACAUUGGAUAAGAAAGUUGGAGGCUGUCUCAUAGCUGAACAGAUAUCAAAGGGCUAUCGAGUGAUAGUUGAUGAUCAUAAACCUGACGGAAAUGAUUCUCAGAAGGCUUGGUGCUGUGAGAUUGAGUCGGAGCCCGCCCUCUGUGGUAUUAGCCGUAUAUGGGUCCCUAUGCAAUGCAGGAGGAAAAGAAUCGCCUCUAGAAUGGUAGACUGUAUGAGGAAAAGCUUCAUGUUUGGAACAGUGCUGUCCCCUGAUGAUAUCGCCUUCUCAGACCCUACCCCUGACGGCAAGGUCUUCGCUACGACGUACACCGGAACACCAAGAUUCCUGGUCUAUAAGUAUCACUGAUCCUUCAAGGACUGUUCUUCAAACCAGAAUCCAAACCUCUUUGCUGCAUGUACUAAUGUCCAAGUAUACUGGAACACCAAGAGUCCUGGUCUAUAAGUAUCACUGAUCCUUCAAGGACUGUUCUUCAAACCAGAAUCCAAACCUCUUUGCUGCAUGUACUAAUGUCCAAGUAUACUGGGACACCAAGAGUCCUGGUUUAUGAGUAUCAAUAAUUUUUCAAAGACUACUUUUCAAACCAGUAGCCAAACAUAUUUACUACGUGCACCAAGGUCCAAAUACACAGGAACGCCAAGAUUCUAGGUCUACAAGUAUAACUGACUGUUCAAGGUUUGUUCUGCAAGCCAGUGGCAAAAGAUCUUUGCUACCAAGAACACUGGAACACCAAGAUUCCUGGUCUAUGUUGGAAGUACCAGUGAUUCUUCAAGAACUGCUAUUCAAGCCAGUGGUCAAAGAUUUCAUUCAGUGAUCAAGGAAUUGUUAUCAGGUACACAGUAAACUUUGAUUUGUCUCAUGUUUUUACCCCGGCGCCAAGAACUUGGCUAUAUCUGUAAUGCCCUGAAUAAUGAUGAUAUUUCACAAUGUUUGACAAAAUAUCACUCUUAACCCUAAUUCUCCCGGGGGGGGGGGUCAUAAUGCCCC